AUGAUCGACUGGCAAUUCACCUCAAUUAUGCCGGCAUUCAUGCAAGUCCAGUGGCCAACCUUUCUCUCUCCACCAAAUAACUAUGAAUAUUGCCUGGUCAAGCCGGAAUUGCCCGUAAAUUUCAACGAUAUGGACGAGGAUGAAAAAGCCUUCGCUAGGACAUCAUACGUUGCGCUCACUCAUAUCAAUUCUCCCGUGCGGCAUCUACUCUCUUUUUGUGACAACACGACAAAGAACGGGAUUAUACCACUGCGCGAUUCUUUGACUGAGAUUAUUGAGAAUUGGACGGAACUGGGUCUUGUAGACACUUGCCCUUUCCGAAUUGACGACUACGAUUUGUCGAAACAUCAACAUGAAGUGGCGCGAUACAAAGAUUGGCAAACGCUCAAAGGCUACACACAGGAGUUGCUGCACACAGAUGAUGAUGGGUGGAUCUCCCCUCAGCUGGAUUUUGACAAAGUACGAGCAAGACACGACGAGCUCUUCCAGCUCUACAUGCAACGAGAAACAGAAGUCUUAUCUGAGGAAGAAGCAAAAAGGCUCUGGUUUUACACCGAUAAAGCUGAAGAUGGCUCCAACUCCACAGCAUGUGCGAAAUCUCUCAUGUAA